AUGUCACUGCCAAACAGCCCUCAAGGAAGCAGUGCUGCGGGCCGACCUAGCUGGCAAGAGCAACUCCAGGAACACUGCAGACGAACCAAACUGCCUCCCCCUGUCUUCAACAUCGUCUCCGAUCGGCGAGGAGGUCGGACCGCCUGGUCGAGCACUGUCACCGUCCAGGGCCAGAAUAUCGCCGCCCGCUACUGGUACGACGGCCAGUACAUCAACAAUGCCAAAGAGGACGCCGCCGAGGUCGCCCUGAAGUCGCUCAACCAGCAGCCACGUUCCUCCACUGUCUAUCCCGGGCAGCUCUUCCCUCAGCAGCAAUCCGCCGGCUACGGCCGCGGAGCUGGUGGGUUUUGA